AUGCUACCCUCCCUCGUGCUCUCCAUCCUGCUCUCGGCUCCAAUGGCACUGUGCCAAGCGCCCUUCUGGAUGCCAAAUAUGCAACAAUUCUCAUUUUUGACCGAAACCGACUUUCGAAAUGCUCUUCUCUUGCCAACUACAAAUACACGACGAGUUAGAAGUCUAUUCCAUGAUAUGCGCAUUCCUAUGCAGAGAUUCAAACGUGGCGGUGGAGUAGCUGUAGCAGCUGAUAAGGACAAAUGGCCGAAUGGACGAGUCCCAUACAUCCUCUCCGCUGCCUACACAAGUGCUCAAAGAGCAGUUCUGGCACGUGCAUUCGAUGCAUAUGCAAAGAGAACUUGCAUUCGAUUUGUACCAAAAGCGCCAACUGAUAAGGAUUAUAUUGUUAUUCAGAAGCUGGAUGGAUGCUACGCAGAUUUCUCUCGAGUCGGUGGCCGUCAACAGGUCUCCCUAGCCGAUGAGUGUAUCGAUUACGCGACGAUCAUUCAUGAAUUGAUGCAUGUCAUAGGAUUCAUUCACGAGCACCAACGUGAGGAUCGUGAUCAAUACGUCUCAAUUUUAUACCAAAAUGUGAUUCAAGGUGCCAACACAGAUUUUGAUAAGCUGAGCAAUUUGGGAUUAUCGUAUUACGGAGAACACUAUGAUUAUACAUCUAUUAUGCAUUAUGAAGCAAAUGAGGGGUCGAGAAAUGGGAAAAAUACCAUUGAGGCGAAGAAUAAUCAUUUCACUUCAAUUAUGGGAAAAGCCAACGACUUCUCCACAUCCGACCUUCGUCGAGUGAAUCGAGCCUAUAAAUGCUCCAUUUUCUAA